AUGUCAGUGGCUACACAUUGUUUCACUUCACCUACUUGUCAUGACCGUAUUCGAUUCUUCUCUCGGAUUACAAGUGAUGAUGAUGGUAGGCUUCUCAGAAAGAGGAUCAAUGGCACAUUCUUGCUCAAGAUUUUACCCUCUUCCCAAAACGCUCAUCUAAGAACUACUCUCAGAUCCUCACGUCCCUCCGUAUCUGCUGGAUUCAAGUCUGGAGUCUCUAAGGGAGUAUUUGAUAUUGUGGCAUUAACAUCAAGAAAUGCAUUAAAAGAGCUGAGCACUCCACUGCUGCUAAAGCUCGUUGGUGUUUUAGCUUGCGCGUUCCUCAUAGUUCCAUCUGCAGACGCAGUUGAUGCACUCAAAACUUGUGCUUGCUUGCUUAAGGAAUGCAGGAUAGAACUCGCAAAGUGCAUUGCAAACCCUUCCUGUGCAGCCAACGUCGCUUGCCUCCAGACCUGUAACAACCGUCCUGAUGAAACCGAGUGCCAGAUUAAAUGUGGGGAUCUAUUCGCCAACAGUGUAGUUGAUGAGUUCAACGAGUGUGCAGUCUCCAGAAAAAAAUGUGUUCCUAGAAAAUCCGAUCUCGGAGAGUUUCCUGUCCCGGACCCUUCUGCUCUUGUCAAGAACUUCAACAUCAACGAUUUUAACGGGAAAUGGUACAUCACAAGCGGCUUGAAUCCAACCUUUGAUAUCUUCGAUUGCCAGCUGCACGAGUUCCACGUAGAAGGUAACAAGCUCGUUGGUAACAUCUCCUGGAGGAUAAAGACCCCAGACACCGGUUUCUUCACUAGAUCAGCCGUACAAACAUUCAAGCAAGAUCCUAACCAACCUGCUGUCCUCUACAACCAUGACAACGAGUACCUUCACUAUCAAGAUGACUGGUAUAUCCUGUCAUCAAAGAUAGAGAACAAGCCUGAAGACUAUAUAUUCGUGUACUACCGUGGGAGAAACGAUGCUUGGGAUGGAUACGGUGGCGCUGUUGUGUACACGAGAAGCAAUGUGCUUCCCAAUAGCAUUGUACCGGAGCUUGAACAGGCAGCGAAAAGCAUAGGCAGAGACUUCAGCACAUUCGUGACAACGGAUAACACUUGUGGUCCUGAACCUCCGCUGGUUGAAAGACUUGAGAAGACAGUGGAAGAAGGUGAGAAGAUCAUCGUGAAAGAGGUUGAAGAGAUUGAACAGGAAGUGGAGAAGGAAGUUGAGAAAGUUGGCAGGACAGAGAUGACCUUGUUCCAGAGAUUGGCUGAAGGGUUUAACGAGCUAAAGCAAGACGAGGAGAAUUUGUUGAGAGGGUUGAGUGAAGAAGAGAUGGCCUUGUUGGAUGAGCUUAAAAUGGAAGCUGGUGAGGUUGAGAAAUUGUUUGGAAAAGCAUUGCCAAUCAGAAAAUUUAGAUAG